UGGCCCUUCGACGGGGGGCGGGGCAUAGACAGAGCCCUUGUUGGAAUAGACAGGGCUCUGGAAGGCGGAGCGUGCGCAGGAAGCACGUUUUGAGGGCUGUGAGAAUGUUCUGCUGGGCCCGAGCUUGGAGGGUCCCCCGUGGGACAAUCGGUGCCUCCUCUCCCAGGAGUUCGGCGGUUCCUGUCACGUUCAGUAGCAGCCGCAGUAGUGGCCAAGGAAACGUUGAUCCGAGGCCGCUGCCGCUGUCCUAUAAUCUUCUAGAUGGAGACGCGACACUCCCAGCCAUCGUCCUUUUGCAUGGACUCUUCGGCAGCAAAACCAACUUCAACUCCCUCGCCAAGGCGUUGGUUCAGAGGACGGGCCGGAGGGUGCUGACAGUGGAUGCUCGGAACCAUGGUGACAGUCCCCACAGUCCAGAUGCAAGCUAUGAGGCCAUGAGUCAGGACCUCCAGGGCCUCCUCCCCCAGCUGGGCCUGGUGCCCAGUGUCCUCGUUGGCCACAGCAUGGGAGGAAAGACAGCCAUGCUACUGGCACUGCAGAGGCCAGAUGUUGUGGAACGAUUGGUUGUCGUAGACAUAAGCCCAGCAGGAACCACACCUGGAUCAUACCUCGGAAACUUCAUAGCAGCCAUGAAGGCCGUUGAUAUCCCAGAGAACAUACCGCACUCCCGGGCCCGAAAACUGGCGGAUGAGCAGCUUAGCUCGGUUGUCAAGGAAGCGAGCGUUCGGCAGUUCCUGCUCACUAACCUGGUGGAGGUGAAUGGGCGCUUCUCCUGGAGAGUGAACUUGGAUGCCUUAGCUCAGCAGUUGGACAAGAUUUUGACCUUCCCACAGCAACUUGAAUCCUACCCCGGGUCAACUCUCUUUCUGCUUGGUGGAAAUUCUCCCUACGUACCACCCAGCCACCACUCAGCGAUUAGGCGACUCUUCCCUCAAACCCAGAUUCAGACUGUGCCUAAUGCUGGCCACUGGGUCCACAGCGACAAACCCCAAGACUUCAUGGAUGCUGUCAUCAGCUUCUUGGCUUAAGAAGUAGCUCUUUGGGGCUGGAGAGAUAGCUCAGGGGUUAAGAGCACUGACUGCUCUUCCAGAGGUCCUGAGUUCAAUUCCCAGCAAUCACAUGGUGGCUCACAACCAUCUGUAGCGGGAUCUUUGCGCCCUCUUCUGGCGCCCAGGCACAUAUGCAGGCAGAACACUGUGCAUAAUAAAUCUUUUAAAAAAGAAA